GGAACGGGAUGGGGCUAUUCGUACAGUCGUAUUUUAUUGGUCGCGAAGUUCCGGCCGUGUUCGCCAGCGUUCGGGUAACCACGUGACGGUUAUCGGGAAAUAUGGCGUGAAGUUGGCACGAAGAUGGUUGUCGUGAGUUACGAAAGAGUAGACGAUUUCUCGCGGGGAAGGCGCUUCCCUAUCGUCCGGAAAAAGUGUCGCACUGCUAUUUUUUCCUUCGAUCUGGCCACCAGAAGACAGUGCGAUGGUAUACGAUAUCAAAUGGAUCAUACCGCAGCUUCGAAAUCCAAGCAGUCUCUGGAACAUUGCGAGUAGUAUAACCUGUGUAGCAGUAGGGAUUGUCUCUAAAAUCAUUAUAGGUAGAGUUGUGUACGCGUUACCGCCCAUUGAAGGGCACAGGAAAUCAGUGAUUGGCCCUAGGUGGCCUUUCAAAUGGCUGAACAGAACGACGGUGUACAACAAGCGUAUCAUCGAACGAGCGUUACACAGACGGCCGAAAAAUGUGCCUCUCAUCACCGUGUCGAAUCAUCACAGUUGUUUCGACGAUCCGGGCAUAUGGGCGUCCCUGAGCAUGAAGAACUUGCUGAAUCCACGUAAGGUCAGAUGGUCGCUUGCCGCCCACGACAUUUGUUUCACCAAGUCCUGGCACUCGUACUUCUUUAUGCUGGGCAAAUGCAUUCCCGUGAUCAGAGGUGGCGGUGUCCAUCAGGAGGCCAUGGAUUUCUGCAUCGAGAAGUUAGCCGCAGGGGAAUGGAUUCAUGUAUUUCCCGAGGGGAAAGUAAACAUGCUUAAAGAAAAUAUGAGAUUGAAGUGGGGCGUUGGAAGGUUAAUAAUGGAAUCACCCGUUACACCAUUAGUGAUACCAAUUUAUCACCUUGGCAUGGACGAAGUGCUCCCUAACGAGCCACCGUACGUGUUGAGGAUCCGAAAAAAGGUCACCAUGAACUACGGUGACCCUAUAGAUUUUAGCGAAUUACUACAACAAUUCCGUUCGUCGAAAAUGAGCGAGAUGGAAGUGAGAAAAGCAAUCACAGAUCGUAUUCAAGGAGAACUUCGAAGACUCCAGGAGGCCACGACAGAGCUUCACAAAAAUUCAUGAUGUUUAAACGGGGGACAUCGGCAUUGUCACCCCGAUUAGCUUUAAUUUGCCAAAAAGUCAAACUAAUUUUAACAGGACAAUAGGUGAUGCUUAUGUUUGAUCUUUUUUUUAAAUCGAAAAGGUCCACCUAUUAAUGACAAUAAUAGUAAUACUUACGGAAUUGUGCAAUGUAAUGCACGUAUCGGGCAGUAGUGAAUUAGUUUUGUUUUUUUUUCUUUUUAUACGAGAAGAAAAGAACGCUGUGCCCAUGACACUUUUUCUGGGGGGGAUUUUAAUUUAAAUACGAGUCGUCUUGACUUAAGAAUGCCAUAUUCGUUUCACGGUUACACCAUCGCGUACAUAGCAAUGUAUAUACAUACCUACGUACACAUAGAAUGGAUCGUAGUAUGUUACAUAAAGACACACAACGAUUGUUUAUAGAAAAAAUUUUAACAUAGUCACAAAUUACGAAAGCUAAUGAACAUAAUACUGAAACUGUGCCACUGUACUGCAUGUGACUGUUUAUAUUUUCAUGCUGACUUUUUCGUGUCAUAAAGCUUCAUAAUUUGUGAUCACACAACUGAUAAGCGUAACACAAUAUUGUACGGAUCACCCAACAUGUUCUGCGUAUACUGAACACUUUUGUAUGGCUCCACAUAAGUUGAAUAUAAUUAUACUAAACAAAAAAAGAGAAAACAAGGAUUUUGAACAGAACAACUGAGACUAAGUCGGAUUCGAUUGAAACCCAACUUUCGUAUACAUUAAAAACGCUUAACCAUCGAGGACCAAAAGAUCAAAUUGCAGUGAUUACCGAUUAAUCAUCGUACAUUUAGACAGCU